UAGGAGCAGUUUAAAGGGAUAAGCGCCAAACAGGGGAAAGUGGGACCAGCACGAUGACUGGCACGGACCAGUUGGGCCGAGUGGCCUUGCUCUUAAUCUAUGACUCCGUGUAUUAUUUUCUAUGAAUCUGUUUUAGCAGCACGAGUUAUGUGGAACCCUUAUCGGUGGAGAAUGCGCCAAGGUGCUGCUGACAGAACUGGUCUUGGCUGAGCUCGGGAAGGAGACUACAUGAAUGCAAGCGGUUGUUGUUGGCGUUUCUCCCCUCUGCCUUCUCUCGGAAUCCUCGCCCUCGCCCCAGAGCACUUCCUCUCCCGCCUGCCCAGCAGUCGCAGCCUCGGCCGCGCUGCCGGCUCGUUCCCGGGGAUCGGACCACGGGAGCCGGCGCCCGAGGAUCGCGGACCAUGUGGCCGUUCUACCUGCUGCUGGCCUCCGUGGAAGGCCAGCUAAUUCCUGGGAGCAACUUCACCAAUGAGUGCAACAUUCCGGGGAACUUCAUGUGCAGUGAUGGCAGCUGUAUACCCGGGGCCUGGGAGUGUGACGGCCAGCCAGACUGCUUUGACAAGAGCGAUGAAAAGGAGUGUCCAAGAGUCAAAUCUAAAUGUGCUCUGACCUUUUACCCCUGCGCCAGCGGUGUGCAUUGUAUCAUUGGGCGUUUCCGGUGUAACGGAUUCGAGGAUUGUCCGGACGGCAGUGAUGAGGAAAACUGCACAAAUCCCCUGUUAUGUUCGACGGUCCGUUUCCACUGUAAGAAUGGAAGGUGUGUUGACAAGAGCUUUCUUUGUGAUGGAGUGAACAACUGCCAGGACAAUAGUGAUGAAGAUGACUGUGAGAGCUCACCAGACGACAGCCUGGCCGGGGGCCACGACUACGUGACGUCCGACGUGCGGAUAUUCCCGUACUACCCCAGUGUGGUCUUCGCCAUCAUCGGCAGCUCCGUGGUGUUUGUCCUGCUGAUGGCACUGUUGGCCAUGGUUCUGCAUCAUCACCGCAAGCGCACCAACCUGGUGGGCCACGUGACGCCCCCCCUGCACCGCCUGCAGCACCCGCUGCUCCUGUCCCGGCUGGUCAUCCUCGACCGCACCCAUCACUGCAAUGUCACCUACAACGCCAGCAGCGGUAUCCAGGUCACCGCCAGCUCCAUGUACCACCAGCCCCUGGCCGCAGAAGAGGUGCCGCCCUCCUACUCUGAGGCCGUGCUAGAACGGAGCACUCUGCCAAUCCAUGUCUUCAAAAUAAUCCUUCAAAAAGUAUUGGGUACGGACCAGUCCAUCACGGAUAAAGCCCACCCCACCCCUGAGCACAUCUACAUGAAACGCUGUCGCAGGAAAGCAGUAUCCAUCGUCAGGGGCCUCCACCAUGCUGGCAGCAGCAGAGAGAAGACAUGCUCUCUUCCACUGUUGCCAUCAGGAAGAAGGCCACCGUGGUUUGACCUCCCACCACCUCCAUACCUCUCAGACACUGAGAUCCUCAGCCAUCCUGAACUGCCCCCUUACCGUUCCAGGGCAGGGAGCACCUUGAGUUCUCAUCAUUCGAGCAGCUUACAGGAGAGCUCGGAAAUCAGAGACUGCCUGCUCGGUACCAGAUCACGAGAAGAACCGUGAUCCAAGAGCAUGCUGUAGAACAGCAGUUGUGGUCUUGCACUAGCUGACACUUAACGACACACGUUGAAGGAAUCAACUCAAGAAGCAAAGAAAAAAAAGAGACUUUUAAUCGUUCUGACUUGUUUCAUCUCUUCGUUGUGAAGGAAUGACUGAGACCUGGAUGAAUGGUAAAAUCCAGCUGCCUCCAGAUGCUUGGCCCUGGGGAGCUACUUAUUGGGCUGACCAUGUAAAUGAUCUUGGGCGUGGGCAGCCUUUUGGGGGCCAGUGCUGAAUACAUUGUGAAGUAGCAGCAAAGCCUGGAUAGGAAACCUAAUCAAUAAAUGCAAAAAUAGUAAGUUUUGAGAUGCAUGUUUGCCAAGGGUCGCUGCUGUAGAUCCUGAGGCACAUACAUCUGCAGUAACCAAGUGGCAGGCACCAGCACGUGUGCAAAUCACUGGAGAGCGUCAGGCAAUGUAGUGGGGCAGAAAGGAAACGAGCAGAGCUGUGCCGAUGUUACAUCUAUGGAUGCUCGGUCCAUUGCAUCUCAAAAGCUAAAAAAACAAUGUCGGUAUCUUCCGCUCUUGGUAUUCAACUGACUGCAUGCCAGUGGUCGUCCGCUGUCUUGUUGAACUGUGACCCUCUUUCCUCUCUCUGACCCUGAGCUGGGGUGUGGCUGACCACAUCCAGUGAGUCCUCAAGGUGAUUUGUGCAGGGGAUGCCUGGUGUCCAUAUUGACGUGGGCGAGGAUGGCAGUGUAACGUAUUUGUCCUUGUAGCAGGGUACUAACCCAACAGCUUCGCCGCACCAUUGCAAAUACACAAGCCUCCAGGCCAAAUGAAGGCCUCUAGCUGGACAUGCAAGUCCCCUUGGGAAGUCAGUCAGUCAAGGGUUGAAGCUCCAUCCCUGGCCAAACCCUCUGCAAUGUUUCUGAAUCUCAGAUACCGGGCUGACGAUCAUCCAGCAGUUCCACAGCCAGGUGAUACACAUCCAACAAAGGAUUGCACUCUAAUCCAUCUUUACUUUGUAUGAGCACAGGUAACUGGACAGAUGGUCGGGAGCUUUUAGUUUAUGUUCUGAGAUAUACUUCCUCUUUCUUAAAAACUUUUUUUUAAGGAAAAAAACACAACUACCCAAAAUGCCUUGCAAUGCAAUGUGCUGGGCUUAGUAUUUUAAACACCUAUGGUCCUUGGGAAUGGUUGUCCUUUCAGUUUAAACAGAACGCUAAGCCCAUAUAUAAUAACCUGCCCUUUACACUGCUGGCAGUUAGGACAGCAAUGAAGGUCCUCCAUCUCUGUCCGUCCUUGGUCUUGAUCGGGCAAGCCUCCUCAUGCCAGUAGCUUUCUCUCGGUCUCGACUAUCGUCAGUCAUGCGAGUCCCGGGUGGAGACUCGGGAAUACCAUCAGAUGUAGAAGGAUUCUUCACUGCUGAUUCCGUAAUGAUUUUGCUUUACCAGUCAGGGUUGUUAUCCCUAAGCUGAACCUGGAGGACUGACAGACCACUCUUCGUCUGGCCUCUACCCUUUGACCUGUUUGGCAUGGGUGACCCUACCAAAAGCCAAAGCACAAAGCCCUGAUUCCAGCCAACGUAGCUCUCUGGGUCAUUGAGCCACACGAGCCUCCAUACCACAACAACGUCAUGCUUCUACUGGAUGAUAGGCCCAUCUAAUGAGGGUUUAUUUCCAAAGACGACUGAUCUCUGCCCAAUCACCCCUAUGUAACAUUGGCACAUCCAUAACACGGGACAGGAAGCAACAACUAAAUACAUUUUCAAAAUCCAUGGCACCAAACUGACUCCAAUUGUUUAGAAUUUUAUAAUGCCCAACCUAUAGAUAACAGCCCCUUCAUAGCAUACUAUCUAAAACCAAACUGUACUAAAUCCCUCCUAGUUAUGGAAAACUAUAGCACACUGGUAACAUUGCAAGCAUUUGCACUUCACCAACCUACAGUACAAAUCCAGUAAAUCCCCUCGCCAUUGUAUGUAUGCCAUCCUCUUAUUGCACUAAACAACGUCCCAGCACACCAUCGCAAUCCCUCUCCGAUCAUUGGAGACCAGCUGUAGUAGAAGGUGUUUCUUUAUGGUGAGAGGCUCCAUUGUUUUGAAUUUCACUGCAAUAAAUCCAAUUAAUGAAUGGAAAUGUUUACCAAGCCCCUUUGAUCUAAAGAGUUUCCCUGACCAAGCCCAGAUUAAUGCUAUACUUCCUCACUGUGCUAAACAUCUCCCACUGUAUGCAAUGAAUCUUGCUCUAUACCAAAUCCCCUUCAGUUGGUACAGUCCCUCUAUACUAACCCUCCUCUCACUUUUAUUGUCUUUCAUUAUGUAAAUUCUUGAUCAAAUUUUCAUUCUGCUCUGUCUUCAGGAUUAUUACCUGAUGGUGCUCAUUCUCUCUCUCUGUUGAUUGAAUUUUCAUUUCUCCAUUAGCUUUACUGGCAGCUCUUAAAGUUAUUUGUUCCUGUUCCUUUUUAUGUAUCUUUGAGGGACAGUUAUUCAGAAAGAAAGAAAUAAAUCAAGAGGAAAAAAACACUUAAACAGCCUGCGUAGGGAAAUUGAGCCCCAAGUCAUUACGUGAAUAGCCAUGCCUAGAUAUGCUGGUUACAAUUUAUGUUUGGAAACAAGAGUCCCUUGUAAACGUCAGCUGUUCCUGGCUCCAAUUAUUCAGGCUGCUAACAAUCCAAGCUGCCACAACACUACUGAAUUAUUUCUUGCUCUUUGUGCUCCAGUUCCAUGUGCUUUGUGACUUGCAACACUGUGGUGGAUGUGCUUGCUUGGAUAAUUGAAGUACGAAAAUAACAAGUCAUAUAUUCAGCAACUCAGAACCUGAAUCCAACUCAGCCUCUGUCUUCAGCAUUGCCCGAGAAAGGAACAGCUUGCGAAAGAUCAGAAAGACUUUUAAUGUUUUAACUGGAGUUUGAUAAUGUGCAGCAGGAUAGAAUUCUCACUUCAGAGAUGGUGUCUACUGUGUAUCUAUUUAAAGAUGAAGAGCCCUUGUCUUAGGAGCUGUGUGCUCAUAGAGUUUAUAAAGUUAUUCACUGUAAUAGCUUUGACAUGACUAUUUAAUGAGAAAUUUAUUCCAUGAAUGAUAUUCAGGCUUAUGUAUAAUUUUACUUUUUUGCAAUAUUAAAUAUUUGAAAUUGAAAGUGA